AGGGGCUGAUCUAAUGACUGCCUCACGCAGGGGACAGCGAGCGAGCCUCCUCCCAAACAAAGCUGACACUGGAAAUCAUGAAUGCCACGGUGACGAAGGGCUUCAACGGGUCUGAGCAGUGCCCCAGGGACACGCGGACUGCACAGCUGGUGUUCCCAGCCAUCUACACCGUCGUUUUCCUCACCAGCAUCUCGCUGAACACUCUGGCCCUGUGGGUGUUCAUUCACAUUCCCAGCUCCUCCACCUUCAUCGUCUACCUCAAAAGUACUCUGGUGGCCGACUUGGUAAUGACACUCAUGCUUCCCUUUAAAAUCCUCUCCGACUCACACCUGGGACCCUGGCAACUCAGAGCCUUCGUGUGUCGCUUCUCCGCCGUCAUCUUCUACGAGACCAUGUAUGUGGGCAUCAUUCUUCUGGGCCUCAUCGCCUUCGACAGAUUCCUCAAGAUCAUCAGACCUUUCGGGAAAUUCUUUGUACAAAAACCCGCUUUUGCAAAAACAGUCUCAACCUUCGUCUGGUUCCUUUUGUUCCUCAUCUCUCUGCCAAACAUAAUCUUAAGCAACCAGAAGACGACACCGUCUACGGUGAAAAAGUGUGCCUCCUUAAAGAGCCCUCUGGGGCUGAAGUGGCACCAAGCGGUGAACUACAUAUCCCAGUUCAUUUUCUGGACGGUUUUUGCCUUAAUGCUCCUGUUUUACGUGGUGAUUGCAAAAAAAGUAUAUGAUUCUUACAGAAAGUCGAAAAGUAAGGAUAGCAAAAACAACAGGAAGCUGGAAGGUAAAGUGUUUAUUGUCGUGGCUGUCUUCUUUCUGUGUUUUGCUCCAUUUCAUUUUGCCAGAGUUCCAUAUACUCACAGUCAAACCAACAGUAAGACUGACUGUAGACUGCAACAUCAACUGUUUAUAGCUAAAGAAACAACUCUCUUGUUGGCAGCAACAAACAUCUGUAUGGAUCCCUUAAUAUAUAUUUUUUUAUGUAAAAAUUUCACAAGAAGGUUAUUGUGCAGGAGAGGAAGAAAGAUUACAGCAUCAGCCCAAGACAAUCAUACCAGUCAGACGGACAAUAUAACCCUAAACUGAUGACUUUAUCAUGGCUCACUUCUAUUUAUGGACUAGAUUUCAAAAGACAAUUUAUUUGGAAAUAACAUUUAAGCAAUAAAAAAGGAUUAA